GCGAUUGGGCUAUAGAAAGCGGUGGUGAGCGCUGUGCCCUUUGGAGCCGCAACUCCUCCUGGGCCCGUCGCAAAAAAAAACAAAAUAGUGGCUAGCGGAGAAAGGGCGAUCUGUUUCGGGGCCUCCCCAGGGUCGGCGCAUCGAUGAGCUGCGAGGUCACAGUGCUGUAUUUUGCCAGAAGUGCUGAAUUAGCAGGGCUGCGUACAGAGAACAUUUCUGUACCCCAACGAAUAACCUCACUGCAGCUGUGGAGAGAAAUUGUCAAGAGGCAUUUGAGUCUUGCCGAUAUCGAAGAUCAAGUUAUCUUUGCCAUUUGUCAGGAGUACGUACCCCUUGGGGAUCAGCAGUUCAUCCUCCACACAGGGGACGAAGUUGCCAUCAUCCCACCUCUUAGUGGAGGUUAG